AUGGCGCUGCCUAUUCGGUUCACUGAGCUGGUUCAGUUGACGAGUCUCGACAUCGCGCCCGCUUCAAUAUCCUUCAACACCUGUACACUAGAAUCCGACCACUUCGUCUGCGUACGGCAGAAACUUAAUGAACAAGACAAGCCUCAAGUCAUAAUCAUAAACCUGAAGAACAACAAUGAAGUCAUCAAGCGUGCCAUCAGCGCCGACAGCGCCAUCAUGCACUUCAGCCGCGAGAUCCUGGCUCUCAAGGCUCAGGGAAGAACAAUCCAGGUCUUCGAUCUCGGAGCCAAGGCCAAGUUGAAGUCCACAAUCAUGAACGAAGAUGUCGUCUUCUGGAAGUGGUAUAGCGAGCGGAGCUUGGGCUUGGUCACUGAUACUUCGGUGUAUCAUUGGGAUGUUUUCGAUCCCACCCAAACUGCGCCUGUCAAGGUCUUCGAGCGAAACGCGAAUCUCAGUGGCUGUCAAAUCAUCAACUACCGUGUAAACGAUGAUGAACAGUGGAUGGUCAUUGUCGGCAUCUCUCAAAGAGAAGGACGGGUUGUGGGCUCCAUGCAGCUGUACUCGAAGAAUCGUGGCAUCUCCCAAAACAUCGAAGGUCAUGCUGCUGCAUUUGGGACCUUUCAUGCUGAGGGCAAUCCCAAUCCCCACAAACUCUUCACCUUCGCGGUUCGGAACGCUGCCGGACAAGGCAAGCUUCACGUGGUCGAGAUUGAUCCCAGCGAGAACAAUACCCGCUUCGUCAAGAAAGCUGUGGAUGUCUACUUCCCGGAUGAAGCGGUCAACGACUUCCCCGUGGCCAUGCAGAUUUCGAAGAAGUACAGCAUCAUUUACAUGAUCACCAAGUACGGCUUCAUUCAUCUUUACGACCUCGAGACCGCCACGUGCAUCUUCAUGAACAGAAUUUCGAGCGAGACUAUUUUCAUCACCACACCAGAUUCCGAGUCGUCGGGCAUCGUGGGAAUCAAUCGAAAGGGUCAAGUGCUCUCUGUCAGUGUCGAUGAGAACACCAUUAUCCCGUACCUACUCCAGAAUCCCGCAAACUCCUCCCUGGCCGUGAAACUAGCGUCGCGAGCUGGCUUGCCAGGUGCCGACAACCUCUAUCAACAGCAAUUUGAGACACUCUUUGCGCAAGGCCAGUACUCAGAAGCCGCCGAGGUCGCAGCCAACUCUCCACGGGGGUUCUUGAGGACCCCAGAAACAAUCAACCGUUUCAAGAGUGCACCUCAACAACCUGGACAACUCUCUGUCAUUCUUCAAUAUUUCGGCAAGCUUCUCGACAAGGGCAAGCUGAACAAAUACGAAAGUGUGGAGCUGAUAAAGCCGGUUCUAGCACAAAAUCGUAAAAACUUGCUCGAUAAAUGGAUGAGCGAAGGCAAGUUGGAGUCUUCAGAGGAGCUUGGGGACAUCGUUCGGUUGCACGACCUCGAGCUCGCUUUGACAAUCUACCGCGAAGCAAAUGUGCCUCCCAAGGUGGUCGCAGCGCUGGCAGAAACUGGUCGCUUUGAUGAAGUCAUCCCAUACGCGCGCGAGGCAGGUUAUCAACCAGACUUCACUGGCCUAUUGCAGCACAUCGUUCGCGCCAAUCCCGAAAAGGGCGCCGAGUUUGCAACCCAGCUUGUGAAUAACCCAGGUGGUCCCUUGGUCGACAUCAGCAGAGUUGUUGAUAUCUUCAUGUCCCAAAACAUGGUCCAACAAGCAACCGCCUUUCUGCUCGAUGCUCUCAGGGAUAACCAACCAGAGCAAGGACCUCUACAAACUCGACUUCUGGAGAUGAACCUGAUCAACGCACCGCAGGUUGCGGAUGCCAUUCUCGGCAACGAGAUGUUUUCUCAUUAUGACAAGGCGAGAAUUGCUCAGCUUUGCGAACAGGCCGGCCUCCUGCAGCGCGCUCUCGAGAACACCGACGACCCAGCAUCAAUCAAGCGCAUCAUUGUUCAGACCGACAAGCUCAACCCGGAGUGGCUCCAACAAUAUUUUGGCCGCAUGUCAGUCGAACAGUCACUUGACAGCAUGGAUGCAAUGUUGACAUCGAACAUUCGUCAAAACCUGGCGGCUGUGGUACAAAUUGCCACCAAGUACUCGGACCUGCUGGGUUCCAGCCGUCUAAUCGCACUAUUUGAGAAGCACCGCACGGCAGAAGGUCUCUACUACUACCUUGGAAGCAUUGUGAAUCUCAGCGAGGACGAGAACGUCGUAUUCAAAUAUCUCGAAGCUGCAGUCACCAUGCAGCAAUUUCAGGAAGUGGAACGCAUCGUUCGUGAGAACAACCACUACAACCCUGAAAAAGUCAAGAACUUCCUCAUCGAAGCACGUCUAGCUGAACAGCUUCCCCUGAUCAUCGUCUGCGAUCGAUACAACUUCGUUAAGGACCUUGUGAUCCAUCUGUACCGCUCUCAACAGUACAAAAGCAUCGAGGCAUACGUGCAACGCAUAAACCCUGCGCGGACGCCAGCCGUGGUCGGAGCAUUGCUCGCUCUUGAUUGCGAAGAGUCUAUCAUCAAGAAUCUCCUGUCCUCGAUCGACCCUGCAGCUGUCCCUAUGGAUGAGUUGGUCAGCGAGGUUGAGAAUCAAAACCGCCUCAAGCUGCUCCUGCCGUUCCUCGAGACGGCUUUAGCCGCUGGUGAUCAGACCCCAGCAGUGCAUAAUGCACUUGCUAAGAUUGCUAUCGACUCCAACAACAACCCUGAAGCAUUCUUGAAGGAGAACAAUUUCUACUCCACUGAGACAGUGGGGAAAUAUCUAGAGAAGCGCGAUCCCAAUCUCGCCUUCAUCGCAUAUUCGAAGGGACAGCAUGAUAUUGAACUCAUAAAUCUGACGAACGACAACGGUAUGCACCGCGCUCAAGCACGUUAUGUCCUUGAACGCGCCGACCCUGAGGUCUGGAGUUUCGUCCUAUCUGACAACAACCCUCACCGAAGAUCCCUCAUCGACCAGGUCAUUGCCACUGCUGCCCCGGAAAGUACUGAGCCAGACAAAGUUGCCGUGGCUGUCAAAGCCUUCUUGGACGCCGACCUGCCCGGUGAACUCAUUGAGCUCCUCGAAAGGUUGAUUCUUGAGCCAACAAUCUUCAGCGACAAUGCUAGUCUUCAAAACCUCCUUUUGUUGACAGCCUGCAAAGCCCAUAAAGGCCGUCUCAUGGACUACAUCUCACGCUUGAACGAGUUCUCGUCUGAGGAAAUAGCAAACGUUGCCAUAUCCCAAGGACUCUAUGAGGAAGCUCUGGCGAUCUAUGAGAAGGUUAACGAUCACGUCUCGGCUGCUAAUGUCCUCGUCGACCACAUUGUCAGCAUCGACCGUGCUCAAGAGUACGCCGAAAGAGUCGACUUGCCAGAAGUCUGGAGCAAAGUCGCCAAAGCUCAACUCGAUGGUCUGCGCAUUACUGACGCCAUUGAGUCCUACCUGAGAGCCCAGGAUCCUUCGAACUACAACGAAGUGAUUGAGACCGCUACCCACGCCGGCAAGGACGAGGAUCUUGUGCGUUUCUUAAAGAUGGCGAGAAAGACGCAACGCGAACCCGCCGUUGACACUGCACUUGCUUUCAGCUAUGCCCGGCUCGAUCAAUUGCCUGAGCUUGAGGACUUCUUGCGCUCUGCUAACGUCGCUGACGUUGAGGCUUGCGGCGACAAAGCAUAUGAGGAGGGCUACCAUCAAGCUGCUAAAGUUUUCUUUACCAACAAUUCGAACUGGGCCAAGCUCGCUACGACGCUCGUACAUCUCGGUGAAUACCAGAAUGCUGUCGAUUGCGCUCGACGUGCGAACAGCGUCAAGGUGUGGAAGCAAGUCAACGAGGCUUGUGUUGCAAAGAAAGAGUUCCGCCUGGCUCAAAUCUGUGGUCUGAACCUAAUCGUCCACGCCGAAGAACUGCAAGAAGUUGUCAAGCAGUAUGAACGAGAAGGCUACUUCGAGGAGCUAAUCUCAUUACUUGAGGCCGGCCUUGGUCUUGAACGAGUUCACAUGGGCGUCUUUACAGAAUUGGGGAUCGCUUUGUCCAAAUAUCAUCCUGAACGUGUGAUGGAGCAUCUCAAGCUGUUCUGGAGUCGCAUAAAUAUUCCAAAGAUGAUCAAAGCCACCGAGGAGUCACAUCUCUGGCCCGAGCUCAUCUUCCUGUACUGCCAUUAUGAUGAAUGGGACAAUGCUGCUCUGGCCAUGAUGGAACGUGCCGCCGACGCCUGGGAACACCACUCCUUCAAAGAAGUGAUUGUCAAGACGGCCAACUUGGAGAUCUACUACCGAGCUCUCAACCACUAUCUCCAGGAGCAGCCCCUUUUGUUGACCGACUUGCUGCAGGCUCUGACACCGCGCAUCGAUGUCAACCGCGUCGUGCGCAUGUUUGAGAAGUCUGACAACACACCUCUGAUCAAGCCUUUCUUGCUCAACGUGCAGGGCCAGAACAAGCGCGUCGUCAACAAUGCGAUUCACAAUCUUCUCAUCGAGGAAGAAGACUACAAGACCCUCAAGGAUUCGGUGGAGAACUACGACAAUUACGAUGCCGUCGAGCUCGCGCAACGUCUCGAGAAACAUGAACUAGUGUUCUUCCGGCAAAUUGCAGCCCAGAUCUAUCGAAAGAACAAGCGAUGGGAAAAGUCGAUUGCACUGUCAAAACAAGACAAGUUGUUCCGUGACGCCAUCGAGACAGCGGCCAUGUCUGGGAAGACCGAGGUGGUAGAAGAGCUGUUGAGAUAUUUCGUCGAUAUCGGCAGCCGCGAGUGCUACGUUGGCAUGCUGUACGCAUGCUACGACCUUGUUCCGCUAGCUACAGUCAUGGAGAUCUCGUGGCGACAUGGACUGAACGACUUCACCAUGCCAUUCAUGAUUAGCUACAUGAGCCAGCAAGCCGCGACCAUUGAGCAACUACGAAAAGACAACGAGGAACGCAAAGCCAAGGAGACCAGUCAGCAACAGACCGAGGACAACACGCCAAUCAUUGGCAGCCGGCUGAUGCUGACUCAGGGACCCAUGGCACCACAGCCCACGGGGUAUGGACACACUAAUGGAAUCACGCCGCAACCCACUGGGUUCCCUCGGGCAUUCUAG